AGACGAGCGACUGCGCUGUGUGACUGCGGAGGCUCACCAGAACUCAACCCAGUGGAGAAUCAAAGCAACGCAGGCUGAAAAUCCCGUACUUCAUUUUACUGUAGUAUGGCAUCAAGGAGGAUGGAGACCAAACCACUGAUAACCUGCCUUAAAACGCUCCUGGUCGUCUAUUCCUUCGUGUUUUGGAUCACGGGGGCGAUCCUGCUGGCUGUGGGGCUGUGGGGAAAGUUUAUGCUGCGCCAGUACAUCUCUUUGAUAGCUGACAACUCCACCAACGCUCCCUAUGUUCUCAUCGGCACCGGCACCUCCAUUAUCGUCUUCGGCCUGUUCGGCUGCUUCGCCACCUGUAGGGGGAGCCCGUGGAUGCUAAAACUGUAUGCCAUGUUCCUGUCCCUGGUGUUCCUAGCAGAGCUGGUGGCUGGCGUUUCUGGCUUCAUCUUUCGUCAUGAGAUAAAGGGGACGUUCAACAGGUCCUUUAAAGAGGCUGUGCAGAACUACAACGCUCAGGAUGAAAGGAGUCUGGCUGUCGACUACGUGCAGCGCAGUUUGCAUUGCUGCGGGGUGCUGAACUACACCAGCUGGUUCACCAGCAUCUAUUUCCCCAUCAACGGCAUCCCUCCCAGUUGCUGUGCCAGUGUCUCCGACUGCAGCUUCCUGGACCUCCGCAACGCCACCGUCGCCCCCAGCAAGGUCUACCAGCAGGGUUGCUAUGAGCUGGUGACCUCCUUCAUAGAGACGAACAUGGGCAUCAUCGCUGGAGUGACAUUCGGAAUCGCUUUCUCACAGAUGAUUGGUAUGCUGCUAGCUUGCUGUCUCUCGCGGUUUAUCACUGCCAACCAAUAUGAGAUGGUGUAGCGUGUUGAGAAUGCCGGGGGGGUGAGAGGAGAGGACGCGUUCCCCUUGGAAACACGGGGGACAACGGCUCCCGAAGCUAGCACACUCCAUUCUUACUUUAACGGUUAUUUCUCUCUCCUUCUUCUCUCUUUCCCUUUCUCCCACCUCGUUUUCUCUCUCUUCACUCUCUUCGAACACAUCAUUCCUUGACGUGCAGUCGUACUAUUUAAUUAGCCUGCUUUCAAGACCUUAUCUCUCAGAAAGACGUCCCAGUUUGCCCCCAGUAUCUGUCUGAGACAGAUAGGUGCUCACAGCCAUGCAUGUAGAAUUGGAACAACCGCAGUGCUGCUUUGUAUUCUGUACGUUACGAAAUAUUUCUGAAAAGGUAACUUGGAUGGUGUUUCAAAGAUUACUUUUAGACUUGCUUAACCUGGCUGUAUGAGCAAAAUAUAAAUAAUAAUAUUGAUGACAUUUUUGAGAUAAGGUCAUUGAAAUAGUUGAUACUUUCGACUGUACCGUACUAUACAUUUGUUGCUCUCAUAUCACCACACACACACCAUGUUAGCUUCUUGUGGAAUAUAACACAUUACAGUGAAUCACAACAUCAAGUUUCAAUUGACCAUCACUCAAAAUAACCUUGUGCAAGUCGCUUUCUGUGGACUGUGUAUUCUUGUUGAUUUUUUUUUAACUGUUAUUUUGUUUCCUCUUUAUUUAGUGAGUCCAGUACACAGUGAUAUCAGCCCCUCCCUCCCCCAGUGCCUUCUGUUUUUGGUCACCGCAAUCUCACAUUGAUGUUGAAUUUACCACAUCCUCUUUUAAGAGGCAACUUUCAACCAAAAUGUACGCCUUUUACUUUCCCCUAUUCAUAUUCAGGGGACACGUUUAGUCCUUCCCCUAAUGGUUGACAACAUUAGUCUGCUACUGUGUUCUCAACUGAAUCAUUCAUUUUCCUUUUAGAUUUACGACUAAAAGGAUUUAAAUAUAACUUUUGUACACAAUGUGAACACCAUAACGUGUAAUCCUGAAAUAUUUAUAACAUAUUUUGUUUCUGAUAUAAUAUCAGAUUAUUUAUUUUUUCUCCAAUUCUCUUUUAUUGGCAAUAACAACAAUCCUACAAUCGUCAGAUAACAUUUUAUUUAUUUAUUCAUUUAUUUAAACUAACACUUGACAUCUAGUUGCCCCUUUUCUAAUUAUCAUAAAAAAAUAAACUAGAUACUUUCACAACAGUGAUUUACAAAAUAUGAAGGGUUGUCUCAAUCACAUACAGUAAACUCAAGCUCAAAUAAAAGUCCGAGUGACGUGGGGCACAUUCAGGCUUGGACGUCACGCACAGUAACGGCUAGAGACCAGAACGGCUUCCGUGUUCAGGAGCGCGUGAGAGAAGGAGGGACUGUGUGACUGACGUGACUGGUACUGGUAGACAGGUAUGAUUAAACUGUGAUGUGAGUAUGGCAGGAUUAGAUUAGAUUGUCAUAUUGGCUCGUUAGAAGACCGAUUGUUAAUGGAAUAUGUCCAUUGAUGACACUUUAUAGUCAAGUUAGAUGUCAUAAUCUGUGUCUGUGAAACCUUCGCUUAAUCUCUGUGUAUUUACAUUCUAUUUAACUGUUUAAUAUAUUUUUGUGAGGGUGGUGGGACGGGGUGCUGAACCCUAAAGUUGUCACUGUUAUGGCUAUCCUCUGGUUUUGGUGAAUCAGUGUUAUUUAACAAAAAAAUAUUAGGAUACUUUACCAACAAGCGAAUAAUUCUCAGAAUCUGAAAUUGGACAGGUGAAAUGAUAGGACUUUGUACAAAAGGAAAACACUUUUUAAAAUGCAUUACCAACUAGCAUGCAAACCAGUGUAUGUUGAUAUUGUAAACAAUUGUGAUCUCUAUUAAUAAAAAACGGUCAUUACAUUACGUGGCUGUGAUGUCUGA